GAAGAGGGUCAUCUCCGACGAGAAGUGAGUCCGGACGAAGAAGAAGAAGAAGCGGCAGUUGGCAGUGGAAGCAGAACCGUACGAACUUCCAACGCGGCCGCAUCGUCGUCGCGUAUUCCGCUUCUGUCGCACGCGCGCACGAACAUACGACACGUCCACGUCCGAAAGCUCGAACGUGAACCUCCGACUUUCCAAUCGACGAAUUCGAGAGCAAUCGAAACUUCGAGAGUAGACCAAGAGGAACCCAGCAUCAUGGUUUACGAGAGCGACUUCUACACCACCCGGCGACCCUACUCGCGGCCGCUCGUCUCCUCCUACACCGUCACGACUCGACCCAUCAUCAUACCGCUCUCCAGUAUCAUCCAGUUGAGGAGCGUUCCUCACUUGCCAUAUGUGGCACACAAGAGGCUCGUCACCAUAAUCCACACGCCGGUUCAUCACGUGUACUACGCUGGCGAGGUGGUUCCCGUAAGAGUGCGGGCGCGCGUACGGCCCAGCGUCCUCGCAGCCGAGCUCAACAGGAUACGCGACCUGCCGAGGCCGUCCACCCGAUCCUACCUCGGCGAAUAUCUAAACUCCCGAGACAACAUAUUGUUCGACGAUGAGGCAAGGGAGAUUCGUGCGAGAGUGGAUUCCCUUCUCCGACGUGUCCACGUGUUCGUGCCAAGAGCAUUGGCAAGCGAUUUCCUCGAGGAGAUCGUGCCGGAACGCAUGCGUAGCCACGAUUACGUUCGUCGGUUGCUCACCGGCCGCAACAACGCGAAGAAAGAAGUCGAACACCUAGGCUGGUACGAGGUGCCCGACCGAGGCCACUUCGGCACCCUGGCGUGUGUCAAGUACGUCGCCGGCAAGCCGCAGUCCGUCAGGAAACCGUACGUCAAAGUCGCGGAUCUCCGGCCGUCCGACAUCCGCAACGACGUCAACUUCCUCAGCUACUACAGCAAGAACCGUCAGGCGGCCGCGUCUGCCACCCCCGGUCAACCAAUGACAGAACGAGAGUUACGAAAGGCACGCGCGUUAGCUAUCGAAUCGACGGCCCAGACACAAAAAACAACUCCUGCUCCGAAAUCAGAAGCAAAACCAGAGGAGAAACCGGAAAGGAAAUCAGAGAAGAAGAAGCCGGAGCCAGAGAAAGAGACGGAACCAGUGCGCCAACCGGAUCCGGAACCAGUGAAAAAGGUCGAACCGAUACCCGAACCAGCGCCUGAACCGGAAAAGGAACCAGAACCGAUAGUGGAGCCGCAGCCAGAGCCGGCAAAACCAGCGCCUGUAAAACCGUCGAAAUCGGUGAAAGGUUCGAAAGCGACGAGAUCCGCGAAAGCGGCCGAGCCUAAAGCGGAACCGGAACCUGCUAAGGAACCAGAACCUGUAAAGGAGCCCGAGCCUGUAAAGGAACCCGAGCCUGUGAAGGAGCCCGAGCCUGCGAAAGAGCCCGAGCCUGCAAAAGAAUCGGAACCAUCGGCGGCACUAGUCGCGGAAAACGCGCCGACCGAAAACGCGGAGGCCGUAAGUGACGAAGCUAAGGAGGAGGAAAAGCAAGAAAAAGUGAGGCAAGAAAAGGAGGACGCUAUAAGGAGAGCAGAGGAGUACCUCGCUAAAGUGGCUCGGGAAGCACAGUCAGAAGAGGAGAGGCGGAAGGCCGCGGAGGAGGAACGCCUGCAACUCGAGGCCGAGGAGAGAAAAGCGUGGGAAGCGUUGCAACUUGCGCAGGAACGGAAAGCCGAGCUUGGCCAGAUACUAGAGACUGAGCAGCAGGAAGCCGAGAGGAAGGUGGAAGAGGCCAAGCUACAAGCAGAACGCGAGGAAACGGAGAGAAUAGAACAGGGGGAGAGAUUAAUCAAUCAAGAGAAGCUCACCGCACUGAUACAGGAGCAAGAACGGCAGAUAAUUGAGGAACAUCUCGAAGAAGUUCAGCAUCAGAAGCAGGAGCAGGAGGAGGCAGACGUCACGCAACUUGCGACCAAUGAGCCGAAAGACGUCAGCUGCGUCGAGGAUCCGGUGGAUCCUAGCGAAAUAAGCGAUCAGGAAAAAGAGGAGAAGCCUUACGACGUUACCACGGAUGAUGAAACGCGGGUCGAGGAAGAGAACGUCCACGAAGAGGAACACUUGGAAGUGACCGAAGAUACGUUCGUCGAGGAACCGGAAGGAGCCGAAAGUAAGCCGCAAACGGGGCCACUGGCGACUGAGGAUGGGCCACAGAUUGAGGAGGUCACUUCCGGCGAAGAGUUCGAAUGGGGUGAUCAGGACGCGUAAUUUGGGUCCGACCGGCUCGGACCGGCUCGCGGCGUCGAUGGUCCACGUUCCUUUCAUCAUCGUCAUCGUUAACGCUAGGAUUUCACGCGUCUUAGUCCAUCGUCCUGUCCGCGAAUGUCACUUGAUCCGUCAUCUUCGCAGAUGACUGUCGAGACGUCAAUUGAUAAUACAAUCAAAACAUUGUAAUUAAUUUCCUUUUUUAUAAUCUAAUCUGCUUACUUAUUUUCUUGUCAAAUGCACGCAUCAAUUUUCACGAAUCAUUAAUACAUACACUUCGCCAUAAAUUUCAUCGCGAUAUCGCGAUAAGUUGCUCGAGUCGAAGUAUGAACCUAAAAAUAUUAAGUCUCUUAUAAUUAUUUUUGUUUCAUCGUGUUAAUUAAUUUAAAAGGGAGACCGAUUAGAGGCUCGCGAUCUCGUGUCAUCUGCGCGUAUUUAUUUCAUUACUGACACCAUAUACCAUUUACGUUCUAUCCCGCGUCGGAGAGCGGCAACCCGUAGAUCGAGUCUGACGUGAGUAUCGAUUUCCGAUGGUCUGCCGUUGAUUCGUUUAUAGUCUCGGAUAGUAAUCGGGUAGAAAUAUCGCGACGAAUUUUAGCCGUUCAUUCGGGAGUCGCGCAGUCGAGCUGGCUUCGUCGUCGCCGUCGUCGUCUAUUUUUACAGUAACAGCUUCGAGCUUCAGCCAUGAAAUUGGUUUGACUGCGAUUGUCCGAGUGAUCGAUCGGAAAGGACGAGAGAGUUCCGGAAAUAAUCGCGGACACAUUGAGAAUUAGCGGCUAUCUCGCGAUCCGAAGUUCGGAAAAUGACAGCCCUAUUUUUAGUAUUAUUUAUUAUUAAAGAAAACCAUAUUUAUUAUAUAAAAGUGUGGUACAAUAUAAUAUGAGUGACCAGAUAUAUGGAAUUUUGCUCCGGUUUGGAAAAUUUAUUUUUUCCGCGGAAAGCGUUGUGAGAAAAAUUGCGGAGCUUGAAAUGAAACGGUUAUAAAUCCAAUUUUUUUUGGAUUAGGUAAAAAAAAACCAGACAUAAAUUGAAUGUUUUAUAAGAUUUCCACGCGACUAGUAUAUAAAGUAGAACAAAAAUGCCAGCUAUAAAUAUGUUUAAUACAAUGCAAAAGGAGCUUGCCCUUUUGUGUCGAAAACCUUUUGCCGCUUUUGCUGUUUCAAAUUUAAAUUUAGACGUAAGUAAACCUGCACCAUUUGUAAGAUAAUCGACGUUGUGUGUCACGUAUGAAAAUAAGAAAAGUAUUUAAACUAAUAAAUAGGAAAUGUAUCAAUUUAAUUUAAUUAUUUAAUAUAACUUCUCAUAUCUAAUGCACAAUGAAGUUCGACGUAGCACGCAAUGUAUACUCACACAACGCCUACUUUGUUUAUUCAGGAUAAUAAAUAUAUUAUAAAUA